AUGUUGAGCUUAUCUAGAGCUUCAAAGAUAGGGUAAUGCAGUAGCGAUUUUUAACCUUAAAUUGCUAUAUCUAAUUAUGAGUAAUAAAUUACUAGCUGCAAUCUUACUGAGGAGGAUAUCAGACAUAAAAUACAAAAAUGCAUUGAGAAAACAUAAUAAAACUCUAAAAAAUCUUUAAAAAUUAGCCCAUUUAGCACAAAUAAUUCUAUUAAUACAAAUCUUCACAUCUCACAUAAUUCUUAGCCUUUAAUUAAAUAAUAGGCUGACUAUAAAUUACCUUCUUUCAAAAGCAAAGGUUUUCUAGCCUGUCCUAAAGAAUUAAGAUCUUAAAUAAUUGAAUUUUUAGAAAAUAAUUAGGAUAAACCAUAUUCAGCAGCAAUUUAAUCUCUUAUGUAUUUUUAUGGUAUUGAGGGUUCCGUUCAUUAAAGUAAUUAGCUUGGCUAAAAAUUUUUAAAGUAAUUAGCUACAUUCUAAUUUUUUGAUUUGGGUCAAUAUAUUAUUUAAGGUAUGGAAUAUCAGAACUCAUUGCUUGCAGAUAUUAUUUAUUUUACCCUUAAUUGUUCUGAAGGAGAGAAUGAAAACUAGCUCCUCAAUGAUGAAUUACCAUUUUUCUUUGGGUCUGACUUUGCUUCAACAAAAAUAAAAACAUUUUUUUGUAAGCUGGACCAAUAAAAUGAAAACUUUUUAUCCAUUCAUGACGCCUUAUCAACGUUUGAAACAACAGACGAAAAAAAAAAAUUUGAAUAGCUGAAAAGCGGUGUCAGUUAAUUUAUGAAUGUAUUUUUAGAAAUAUUGAUUAACAAUCAACAAAGGGAUUAUUCGUUAUAUCACUCCUUUUAGAAUUUAAACUUAGAUUUAAAUAGAAAUGUAGAGCCUUCAAAUAAUAUUUUUAUUAAAAAAUCUUUGAAAAAUGUAUCCUAGAAAGAAUAAGAAUUUCUUCAAUCUAUCUUAAACCAAAACCAAAACGUUAUAGGUUAAUUCGCAGUUGAGUUUUUAAUAAAAUUUGGUUUGUAGUCUAACCAUCCCUUUGAUUUUAAUAAUUACAUAGAUUUACUCUGCUAAGCUGCAGACAAUUUACACUUAAAAGCCCAUACAAAAUUAGCCACAAUAUUAUUCAAUUAAUAUAAUCAAAUAGAUUCUAAAAUCAAAUAAAAAUUAAUGUAAUAUCUCUAGCAAGGCUGUAAAUUACUUAUACCUUCUUGUAUGAAAAUAUAGAUUUAGCUAAAAAUAACAGGUGAUCAUUUCUGUAGAGACUUCUAAGGAGCCUAUUAGCUAAUGAAAGAGUUAUUUUUCUUAGGCAGUGAUUGCUUUCGCUAUGAUAUGGUUAGACUUGCUAAGCAUUUUAAAGAUUUUGCAUUCCUCAAUUUGUAUAUUUAAUAUCUGUCUAACAUGGGUGAAAAAAACAUUGAAAUUCUUAAUGGAUUGAUAUUAGAAAAAGGGUAUGGUACUUUAAAAAAUUUAGAUUAAGCAGAAAAAAUUUAUAAAUAAUAAUUUGAUAAUUAUUCUAAGUUAAAUUCUUAAAAAUUUGAUUUUUCUCUUAACUACAGGAUGGGGAAAUUACUUUUAGUUUAAGGUAAAACAUAAGAAUCUUAAAUUUACUUUAAAAAUAUUCUCGAUUACACUAAAAGUAAUUUCCAAAAACUAGAUAUAAUCAGUUUAUAUAAAAUUGGCAAAAUGCAUGAGAAAGGUUUAGGAACACCCUAAAAUUACAGGAAGGCGGAAGAAGUUUACUCACAUAUUAUUAAUUAUGAUAAAGAAAAGAUCUUACAAAAUUCGAAUUUUAACCCAGUGUCAUCUACUAUAAUAAAGAAUAGUUAGCUAUAAGAUAAAUCGAAAUUUAGUGUUUUAUCAACAAAGUCAGUGUCGCUUGUUUCAUCUAAUUCUGAUAAAUUGAGUACAUUAGAUGAGACUUAAAUUUUGAACAACUUAAACAAAGUAAAAAUGAGCAUGGAGGAUAGUAAAAGUUUAUUUUUUAAUAAGAAAUGUGAAACUAAAUUUUUGGAAAUUACAACUAAAUCUAAAGAAAAGUUGUGGGAAGUAAUCACAAAAAAUCUAACUGUAAAAAGAAGAUUAGAAAAUAUUAAAAAAUUGACUUAGGAAAAAAUAGAAGAAUCUGAUUCAUUAUUUGAUCUCGAUGAAUUCGAAAGUGAAAAAACGGGGUUUGAUACGCAUUAUUUUGCAGAAAGCAUUAAAAAACCUUAAAUUAAAUAUCUAAAAUAAAAAGAAAAUCAAUAACACUGA